AUCACUAACAGUCUUUCACUUUCGUGUCGUUGACGUGAAGGGGGUGUAUCUCCGGGAAAAUGUCGUCAAAAGUAUCGCGUGAUACACUCUACGAGUGUGUAAACGCCGUUCUCCAGGCGUCAAAGGAUAAAAAACGUAACUUUUUGGAAACUGUUGAAAUCCAAAUCGGUCUGAAGAACUAUGACCCUCAGAAGGACAAGCGUUUCUCUGGCACCGUCAAGCUCAAGUAUAUCCCGCGUCCCAAGAUGCAGGUGUGCGUGCUUGGUGACCAGCAGCAUUGUGACGAGGCUAAGUCCUUAAAUGUACCUUGCAUGGAUGCGGAGGCUCUCAAGAAGUUAAAUAAAAACAAGAAACUUGUUAAAAAGCUGGCAAAGAAAUAUGAUGCUUUCCUUGCAUCGGAAUCCUUGAUCAAACAGAUCCCCCGUCUCCUAGGUCCUGGUUUGAACAAAGCGGGCAAGUUCCCUGGUCUGCUCUCCCACCAGGAGUCCAUGACCCAGAAGAUUGAUGAGGUCAAGGCUACCAUCAAGUUCCAGAUGAAGAAGGUACUGUGCCUUUCUGUUGCUGUUGGCCAUGUGGACAUGACCCCUGAUGAACUUGCACAAAAUGUGCAUCUGUCAAUCAACUUCCUGGUUUCCCUACUGAAGAAACAUUGGCAGAAUGUCAGGUCACUACAUAUGAAGUCCACCAUGGGUCCACCCCAGAGAUUGUACUAAGAAUUUUUAAUAAACC